AUGGCGUCUCUUAUGUAUCAAAGAUACAAAGGAAGUUCUCACCGCCAAUGCCUGGACAGUCGUGAUGAACUUCAGCAUAGUUGCAUUCCUCCACGACACGACAUUAAAUACUCGGAUUUUUGCGCACCCGCUGAAAUAGAAGGCGUUAGUUAUUAUUUUAGAGAAGUAGAAGCACAAGAAUGGAAGCUAAAACACUAUCUAAAUCAUCGUUUAGAAAGGGAAGACGUACUUCCAUCUUGGACAAAGGUUUACAAAGAUUGGCAAGAAUCAAUCGAAAAUAUUAAAAGAAAUAAUUAUAAAAAUGUUCCGGGUUCUAUAUGUUCAUUUUGUAAGGACUUAUUAGAUGUUAAUAGUUUUGAAGUCCAUAAGCAGGAAACGACUAUAUCUUCAUUUCAGAAUAUGUCAAAUCUGUUGCGAAGUACAAAUACCCUAGGAAAAAGAGAAAAUGCAAGUGAUGCUGAGGAAGAACGAGUAUUAAAAAGGCAAUAUAAUCGAGACCGACUUCCAAAUUAUGAAGAGGGCAUAAAGAUUGACCCGGAAUUAGUACUUAAAGAAACUAAUGAAACCAUGAUUCCUUAUUUUGAACGCUCUUUCAAUUAUGAUUCUUGGAAUUGUUGGACAUUAAAAUCUGGUUCGGUAGUUACUGACUUGCUAGAGAAAGCAUCAAAUGUCAAAGGACAUCCUCUGAGACCAGAGGUUUGGAGAAUCAUUCGUUGUGGUUUCAAGAUAGCAAAACCGAAAUGGUUAAGUAAUGAAGAAUACACCGAAAUACAGAGCUUUACUAAACGCCCAAGUAUUACAAGUCCUCCAAAAGAUAUUAUUGAACUUUUGAAAAUAAAAUCAUUAAAAUCUUUGGGACUUGAAAUAAAAAAGUUCAAAAGAGACAAAUUAAAUGCUCAUCUCCUGGAAGAUAUUACUAGCCAGAAUUCCGGUGAAGAAGAUCUUAUUUUGAAAAAUAUUAAGAUAACGUGUUUAAUAUUAAAUCCUGAAGAUCCAUUCACUGCUUUUUUCGCGAAAGUUUUAUCUUUAUUCCAUAAAUAUGUUUUUAUAGAAGAUUCUGUUAUGCAACAGCUAGAUGUUUCAGAGGCCGAUUACGGAGGUUAUCUGAUACAUCCUUGCUUAAAAAAAAUACUUGUCGGCUUAGAAGAUCGUUUAUAUUAUCAUAUGGGGGAAGUCAUUUUAUCAUCAGUUAAAUCUUGCAGAAGUCGACGAAAAUGUACCAGCUCUUAUGAGCAAAAAUCUGAUGGUGUCUUUACCGUAAAAUUAAGAAAAUCAUUAAUGGAAGUAGGCCACUUAGAAAUGAGUGGAGGAUAUGGGCAUAAAGAUAUUCCUCGUUCUACUUGGGAUGGGUGUUGUAAGCUACCGAUUGGUAACUCUUAUAUGUUGGAAGAAAUUGAGGAUCGCAUUGAAUUGUGGCAAAUGUAUAUCCCGUCCUGCGGUGUUCUGCAAUACGAACGAUCACAUAAGUCAAUUGUACCGAUUUGUUAUGAAGAACAUCGUAAACAUAUUUUCGAUUUCGUUGUCCUCCUUUGGGAUCUCAAGUGUGGAUUAUUGGAAACUUCCAACACAAUAUUUCAGCUGAGAGAUGAACAUAAUGAUAAUUUGUUUGAAUCAUCAAAACUUUCCGGAAGUCUUCCAGCGUAUCCAUUUACACCAAAUAAAGAUAGACACAAGAUCGGUAUUAAAGACGCAAAUGAAGAUAGUGAUCUUGAUAAUUCUCCAAUUCGAUCUGGCAGAAAUUAUAAAAUUUUAUUAAUUUAG